AUGAUCGGAAAGGCCUUGAUUGUGGUAUUACUUGCAGUGGUGGUGUACCAGACUUUACAAAUUCAAGAAUAUAAACAGCAAUUGGACAAGUCUGUUGGAAUCAAUUCAUCUCGGAAUACUGAACAAGUUUCAUCGAAAACAAUCAUCCAUGAUGAAAAAUCAAAAGCUGAGAAUACGGACUCCACCAUUCCUUAUUCAACAUUUACUGCAAAACAUUAUGAUAGUAUUUUGAAUAUUUUGGGAGGUGAUCAAUCCAGAUUAUUCAGCACAAAAUUUGGUCCAAAGGAUGACAAUCAAACUCUGACUGUAGAAAAAUACACGAUUGAUGCUUCACAUUUUCAUAGAGGAAAGGCUGAUGUUGUUGUCUUUCCAACAAGUAAUGAAGAGGUCUCGAAAAUUAUGGCACUUUGUGUCAAUGAGAGAAUACCUAUUGUUGCACAAGGUACUUUAACUGGACUUGAAGGAGGCGCUGUGCCCUACGAAGGAGGUGUUGCCCUAAAUUUGAGAUUAAUGCGUUCAGUGAUUCGUAUCUAUGAAGAGGAUUUGCAAGUACAGGUCCAAGUUGGUAUCAAAAAGUCAGAAUUGAAUGAAUAUUUGGAAAAACAAGGCUUAAUGUUUGCAGUUGAUCCUGGAUCAGAUAGCAGUAUUGGAGGACAAUUGUCUACUGGAGCUUCUGGAACCCUCUCCAUUGCUCAUGGAACUAUUCGUGAAAAUGUCAUUCAAUUGAAGGUUGUUUUACCAGAUGAACAAGGAACAAUUAUUACAACCAAGUCACGUGCACUUAAGAGUAGCACUGGCUUUGAUUUAACUCAUCUAUUUGUUGGAAGUGAGGGUUUGUUAGGAAUUAUUGUGGAGGCAACUCUUAAAAUUAUUGCAAAGCCAAGUAAGGUUUUGGCAAGUCGUGUCAUUUUCAACACGAUCAGUGAAGCUGCAAAGACUGUCAUUGAAAUCAAAUCGAGAGGUGUCUCUCAGAUGGCUCGAUGUGAAUUAAUUAACAAGUACGGUAUUAUGGCUGUGAACAAGUUGUUCAAUAGAACCUAUGAAACCAAGCCAACUCUGUUCUUUGAAUUCCAUGGCUCUGAUGAAGCCUCUCUCAAAGUUUCCUCAACCAUUGUUCAAGAAAUUGCUCAAAAACACAAUGGAUAUGGAUAUCUUGCAACUACUGAUGAAAAUGAGCAAAAAGAAGUGUGGCAUGCCAGAAGAAAUGUCUACUAUGCUGCUUUCAGAUUGAAAGAAGGAAAGAAAGGAGACGUAAAGUUAUAUGUCACCGAUGUUUGUGUUCCCAUUAGCAAGCUUGCACAAAUCAUUGAAGUCAGCGAAAAGGAAAUUGUUGAGUUUAAUGAGAAACAAGCAAAUGCAGGAAAUUUCACACUCCCGCCUGCCAUUGUAGGACAUGUAGCAGAUGGUAAUUUCCACUUUAUGAUUCCAUACCUUGAUAGUAACAAGCAAGAAUUGGAAGCAAUUUUGAAAUUCAAUGACGAAUUAGUCCAGAGAGCCAUUCAACUCGAAGGUACAUGUUCUGGAGAGCAUGGUGUAGGUAUUGGAAAGCAAGGUGGACUCUCCAUUGAACAUAGUCCAGAAGCAGUUGAAUUAAUGAGAACCAUUAAGAAGGCAAUUGACAAGAAUCAAGUAUUGAAUAGAGGAAAGGUAUUUCCAUGUUGUGACUAA